UCCUCUCCUCAGUCUCCAGGGCCCGCCUACCCAGGCCAACCACUUCCCCAAUCAAAGCCCAGGUCCUUCUCUUGCAGCUCAUAGAUGCUGAGAUAGGGAGACGUCUGCCCCGUCCAAAUCCUCCCUUCUCCUCCUCUCCUCCACUGACAGGAUUAGGGGGCUAUGGCCUGGAGAUGCUCACAACUGCUGCUGGUCCCUCUGCUGCUGCUCUUCCUGGCCUCAGGUGUCUGGACAGUUGUGCCUGAAGAACUUCACAGAGUUUUGGGACAGAACCUCUCCGUGAGGUGCCAGUACAAGCCUAAGGAGGGGCCUUAUGUGCCGAAAUCUUGGUGUCGGCAGACGUCUCCAAAUAGGUGUAACCGAGUGGUCACAACCUCCGAGCCUCGGAGAGCCGUCAAGGAAUCACGGCAUACCAUCUGGGAUGAUCCUAAAGCUGGCUUCUUCAAUGUCACCAUCACUCAGCUCACAGAGAAGGAUUCAGCCGUCUACUGGUGCGGGUUAUUUAAUGAUUCCCACAAUGUAAUCAACAUUCUCAGAAACAUCAGCCUGCUGCUGUCCCCAGCCUCAUCAAGCCUUCCUCCACAGAUGGCCACCGGGCUCCCCGUGACAAACACAGAUCUGACCACUUCUCCAGAGGAAACCACUGGCUCUUUCACUGGCUCUUUCAUCAAUGGCUCUGAGCACAGAAACCAAAGUUCCCCUUCCUCUCCUGACUGGGUCUCCUCAAGGCUUCUGGUCUUCGUGCAGUAUGGACUCCUCCUACUCAAGGGCCUGAUGCUGUCGGCUGUUGGUGUGGUCCUUUGCUGGAGGCGCUGCCAAAGACAUGAGUAUACAGCAGAGACAGUGAUGGUGGAGGGUACGGAAUAUGCCAGCCUUCCUGACAUCUCAGAGUCCUUGGGCACAUUUGGCCAUCUCUCACUGUGUGAAAAGAAUGCUUAUUCUUCCAACCCUAUGCAGUGACCAGAGCUGCCCAAUCAAUGCAUACUAGAGCCCUACUGAAACCGUCAGACAAACCCAUGGGAGACAAGUGACAGGUCCCCGCCCCAAAUCAUCAGUGGCAACUGUCACUCUGGUACCCAACACCCUAAGAUCCACGUCCCCCACAGCCCAGAGCUCCCUCAAGCUGACCACCCAUGGGAUGUGUAUUUCACAGCACCCCGAUACCCAGCUCAAAUAUUUCCCAGAGCCCUACACCUGUGCCUUCUCUUACAGGACUACCUCGUUCUCUCUUCUGUCCCCAUUGCACACAUGCCUCACUGGAGUGAGCUCCUCACAAGCCCUGUGUGCGUUUUCUUGUGCUUGAGUUCAGCCUCUUGGACUGCAUCAGAAUGCGACACAGUAACACCAUUCUUCUGGCUUCCUCUCCUUUUGCUCCGGAUUCCUUAAAAAUGAAAGAAAAAAUGACUUAAGUGAUAAAAUGGGGAACCAAGAAAGGCUGUGAUCUGCAGACUACAAACAGAGGAAGCCAAAAAGUUAAAGAAAAAAACAAAACAAAACAAACAAAAAUAAAACUGGCUUUUAAAAAGACAAAAAACUUCAACAGACCGCUCAUCCAGCCACACGUGGGAGCUGACCACCAGGGGUCAGUGUUGUGUUGGUUUAUCAAGUGAGGUCCUUUGAUCUUCACAGAGAAAGUCUGGCUAUACAAACAUGAUUAUUGACUGGGGGCAGGGGGACAGGGGUGUCCUUUAGGGAACAAAAACAAUGUCAUAUCCAUAAAACAAGAAGAAGCCAGGGUGCUGUUCGGAGCAGGUGACAUCCAGCGUAGGCUGAGCACCAUCCACUAUCGACAGCAAGCUGAGUGUUAGCCUUGCAGCCAUGAAGACAGCACAUUUUCCUCCUGUUCGGUCCUCAUCGGCUUUGGUCCGAGGGCUCUUGCUUACACGAUUGUGUCUUCUUCUGCCAUGUUUGGUUGUUAUCUCUUGGAGGCCUGCUAUUUUCUCAUGGGAGAUGGAGGGGAGGUGUGUGAGGGCCGGUAGGAGUGGAGGGGGGGGAAACUGAGGGCAGGGUAUAUUGUGUGAGAGAAAAACCUAUUUUCAGUAAAAUAUAUAAAUCAGUAACAAUGAAAAUUAAAUUAAAACAUGUAUGUUAAAAUUAGAGAGAACCCCCACACACACACACACAAAAGGACAAUAAUAGUUCUAGUAGGCUCAAUGUCCUGUUUGCCUCCUUGGGCACUGUGCACAUAUGUUGUGCACAGACAUGCAUGUGGAUAAAGCACCCACACACAUAAAAUAAAAUAAAAGAACCUGAA